UUUGGCUCAAAGGACAGUUUUCUAUUUGCACAGCCUUUUUGUUAAAUGUAGUCGUGUUUGAUGAGUUUCAUUUACUCUGCUGUUAAACGUUAAAGAUGAUAAGACAUUUGAUCUUCGUUGGUCUACUCUCCCUCCUCAGCUGUUCUUUAAGUCAAGCAUGUAAUCCAAAUAUUCUAGAGAACAUGGAUUUCCCGGGAAAUGACAUAACAUUUCUCUACUCCCCUGAUGUUAACCACUGUCAGCUCCUGUGCACCCAGCACCCCUCUUGCCUCUUCUUUACCUUUAUUCGUGCUGAUUGGACCCAUGAUGACAGACACUUCUACUGCUACCUAAAGUCCACUCCCUCUGGAGAGCCCAGUGCCCAGACUCCAGUACAGGGUGCCACUUCUGGUUUCUCUCUAAAAUCCUGCAGCCCAGACCCACAACCUUGCCUGUCUGAGGUGUACCAAAACAUGGACUUUAUCGGGGGAGACUACAGGUCCUUGUUCACAGGUGACCACAAGGAGUGCCAGCGAGUGUGCACUCAGGACCCUGCGUGUCAGUUCUUCACUUUUGUAAAAGAGAAUUUCUCAAAUAGUAAAGUCAGGUAUAAGUGUCACCUUAAAUUCAGUUGGCCUGUACCAAGGACUCCUGUUAUUGAAAGAAAAGCUGGUGUAACAUCUGGAUUCUCCCACAAAACAUACCAAACUCAGCACUCUGACAAAGCAUGCCAGAGAAAGCUUUUUCCAAACACUGACAUCCCAGGAAGUGACAUCGAGUCGCUGCCUGCUGCCUCUCCUGAACACUGUCAGACUCUGUGCUCAACUCAUCCGCGCUGCACCUACUUCACUUAUAACAGGAAUACCUUUGUUUGUUACCUGAAGGAAAACACACAUGAAAUAGUCACCAGGGCAGAUAUAGGCACUUCAGGGCUACCACACCGUUCCUGUCAGCUUGACGACAACUGGGCUAGAGUGGCUCAUGAAGGAGUAGAUUUCAACGGUUCUGACAUUCGCUAUGAGCUGAUGGAUGAUGCAGACACAUGCCAGAAGACAUGCACUGACGACCCUCACUGCCAGUUCUACACCUACAUUGAUGAAACCUUCUUUGAUCGCAGUUAUCGGCGUCGCUGCUUCCUGAAGCGUGUCAUCACCAUCCCUGCUCCUCCCAAAGUCAUCAAAGUCACCAAUGUUGUGUCGGGUUUCUCCCUUAAAAACUGCCCAUAGAGGGAUCUACUUGUAACAUAUGUGAAAUUAAGUUUGAAGACUUCACAGCUCUCAGAGGGAUUUUUGUGGAGCCUAAAUAAAUCAUUUCAAACAUGAGCUGUCUGUCUGACAGGCCUUUGCAGUCUAAGAAUGAACUCUUGGGUUUUAUGUUUUGUUUGGGUUUUCUCUAAGGAUUGCAUGUUCUGUGUUAAGGACGAAUUUGCUGGAAUCUCUGCUCCUGGGAGGAUUAUGGUUUUGCAUUAACACACAUGCAGAUGCUCCAGCCCCAACAAGCUCCCAAAACUUCUGCCCGGGUAAUUAGUUGCCACACAGGACACAAUAAAAGGGGUUCUUGCAGCAGUUUAAUUGCAUACAGAGAACAUUCAGAAAGAAGAAAAAAAGCAAAAACAUACGAUGGAAAAUAUGUACAGGAUAUAUGAAAGUGGCUCUGGCUACAAAAGAAACAAGAAAACAAAGGAGAAAAAAAGGAGCAAAUUAAUGCCAAGCCCAAACCACCAAAUCAUAAUGGAAUAUUUCUACA